CCAAGGAUUCGUCCGCAUUGACCUCGGCCACAUCCUUCCUGCCCUUUAAUUCGCAGUUUACACAUUGGCAGACUGGAAAUCCAUCCAGCGAGUUUUCUUUUUUUUGUAUAUCUAAAUUAGAAAAUGGCGUUGCUAACACCUCUCCUUGCAUUCCUCUACCACUUGCCGCAGGUGUACAAGUGGCUGCUAAAGCCAUACUAUGUCGCGUCUCUGUUCAUGUCAGUCGCGUUUCUUUUGAUCCGCAAGACGCCAGGCAUCUGCGAACAUCUUUCGACACAACGAGAGGAUGGCAACCCCUGCGACUUUGACUGGAGAGAAGUGGAGAUUCUUAUGUUCCUCAGUGCCAUCGUCAUGAUGAAAAACAGAAGAGCUAUAACGGUGGAACAGCACGUGGGGAACAUCAUUCUGUUCAGUAAGGUGGCCAACGUUAUCCUCUUCUUCAGACUGGACAUCCGCAUGGGUCUGCUCUACCUCACCCUCUGCAUUGUGUUCCUGAUGACCUGUAAGCCUCCUCUCUACAUGGGCCCAGAGUACAUCAAGUACUUCAGUGACAAGACCAUAGACGACGAGUUGGAGAGGGACAACAGGGUGACGUGGAUCGUAGAGUUCUUCGCUAACUGGUCUCCAGAGUGUCAGUCCUUUGCCGCCGUCUACGCAGACCUCUCCCUCAAGUAUAACUGUGCUGGGCUCAAGUUUGGGAAGGUGGACAUCGGCCGGUAUGGAGACGUGUCUAAGAAGUACAAGGUGAGUACCUCUCCCCUCUCCAAGCAGCUGCCCUCACUGCUGCUGUUCCAGGGGGGCAAGGAGGUGAUGAGACGCCCCCAGGUGGACAAGAAGUGUAGGGCCGUAUCCUGGAGCUUCACUGAGGAGAACAUCAUCCGGGAGUUCAACCUGAACGAGCUCUACCAGAAGUCCAAGAAACUCAAUAAGUCCAAGGGAGACCAGAGCGACAAGAUCAACGAAUCACAGUUCCCGCCGUUGCCCGAAGAGGAGGAGCCUGAGGUCGACGCCAAGGAGGAGGAGACCAAGAAGGACAAAUAGAAUUGUCGUGGGUAGGGGCCUCAGAACGCUGUGACAUCACAAUGGGACUAGCUGGUGUUAUGUUCUAUCGAGGGAACAACCAUGAUUGUUACGAAUCCUUUUUUAUUUUGCUAUGUACAACACGAUUUGAGUUGCAAAAUGUGAUUAACUCAAAUCUAAACUGUACAGUUAGAUUUGUUCGUCUCCGUCGUACUUAUGAGUUUCAUCGAUCUUUCCUCCAGCUCCCUGGAGAACCUCUAUGCUCAUCAUUGGUUGUGUCCCAAAUGGCAUUUUAUCACCUAAUAUAGUGCACUAGGGAAAAGGGUGUAACUUAUGACUUAACAAUUGAAUGCAUUGUAUUUAGGCUUUAAUAUUGGCACACUACAAUUAUACACUCCGUUCAUAGUGUUUCACUUGAUUUAAAACUUGUCCCAUUUGGGAUAUACCGUAAAUUCCGGACUAUAAGCCGCAACUUUUUUCCCACGCUUUGAACCUCGCGGCUUAAACAAUGACGCGGCUAAUAUAUGGAUUUUUCCCGCUUUCAAUUUUUUUCCUCAAAACAACACAUUCUGUGACGUGCUCAGUUUUUUGGCGGCAUGAAGCUUUCAUUAGACCAAUGAAAUUGACCUUAACCCGUUCGGCAAACAACUUUUUUGUUUACUGUUUAGAUUAAAUCAAGCGCUCUCAAACUUCCCAUCAUUCUGAUUACGGUAGUCAUUUUGUCACCCUCAUCAUGGCAAAGACACGGAGAAAUGCAUAUGAUGCAGCUUUCAAGUUGAAGGCGAUUGAUCUGGCUGUUGGAAAAGGAAAUAGAGCUGCUGCACGGGAGCUUGGUCUUAAUGAGUCGAUAAGACGUUGGAAACAGCAGCGUGAGGAAUUGACUCAGUGCAAAAAGACAACUAAAGCUUACUGCUAAUUUUUUUAUUUGUUACAAGCCUAUUUAUUUUUAUUACAAGCCGUGUUUCGUUAAAGCCUGUGGAAAGCUCAUUUGUUUCAAUGUACCGGUAGGCACCUGCGGCUUAUUUAUGUUCAAAAUAAUAUAUUUUUUUUUAAUUCAGUGGGUGCGGCUUAUAUUCAGGUGCGCUUAAUAGUCCGGAAAUUACGGUAGUGUGAAUUUACACUCCGUCCAGUCCAUGCUUGGUGAGACAAAUUGCAUGCACCAAUUGAACUGAAGUGACAUUGGCUUCGUCUGAAAUGGCUUAUUGGUUCAGACAUGGCGUAAAAUAUUUGACCAUCUACCUACCUCCAACUGGGUCCAUGAUGGUAGGGUGUGUGUAUAUAUGAGCCACGGCCUCUGUCCCACAAGGUUGUCUUUGAGAGGAAACUUUCUUCCAUAAGUGGUUGUCUGAAUUCUGUUAUCACCUAAUAGUUUUCAGUUCAAGAUGAUGCUGAAGGGAAAGAUGGAGAGUGAACAGAGCGUUUUGCUAUUAACACUAAUUCCAUGUGAGAACUAGACCUGUUAUUUUGUCAUCUGCAAAAUAGUCAUAGAAAUGGAGUUGUGGAAGAUUGAGGUAGGCACUAUCCCUCACUCCCCUCUGACAGAAUAGGUGGAGUUACAUUUUUACUUUCAAAAGCUCCCAUUUCAGGACUGGCUUCUGUCUGAACACUGACUUAUUAAUUUAAACAAAAUUAACACAUUUCUACACCAGCGCCUCUAGGCGAUGCAACAGAACAUUUUACUACCCGUUUGACAUUCCCUUGGUUACUGUAGAGUUCUGUUCAGAAUAUGUAGAUUGAUUCCGUGUAUAUUUGUUCCUGCCUAUGCGUGAAUAGUUGGUGUCUAACAUGUUUUUUUUGUUUUUUAUGAAUAAAAAUGUGUACAUGAA